AUGGGAAAGAAGCAAGGAACCCCUGCCUAUGUCCUGGGCGUUGGCAUGACGAAGUUCAUCAAGCCACGCGGCAAGGUCGACUAUCAUGAGCUAGGCUAUGAGGCUGGCAUCAAAGCCAUGCUCGACGCCAAGAUUAACUACGAUGAUGUUGACCAGGGUGUAGCAUGCUACGUUUACGGCGACAGCACCUGCGGCCAGCGCGUCUUCUACCAGUUCGGCCAGACCAGCAUCCCAAUCUACAACGUCAACAACAACUGUUCGACUGGUUCGACUGGCCUCGCCAUGGCCCGCACUAUGGUUUCCCACGGUGCUGCGGAUUGUGUGCUGGUCGUCGGCUUCGAGAAGAUGAACCCCGGUAGCUUGCAAUCCAUGUACAAUGAUCGCGAGAACCCAACGGGACUGUUUGGAAUGAUGAUGGCCGAGACGCGCGGUGUGACGAACGCGCCUGGUGCCGCACAAAUGUUCGGAAACGCCGGUGUGGAAUACAAGGAGAAGUACGGUGCUAAGAACGAGGACUUCGCCGAGAUCGCUCGCGUCAACCACGAGCACUCCAAGCGCAACCCCUACUCGCAAUUCCAAACCGAAUACACCCACGAGCAGAUUAUGAAGGCACCCAUGAUCCACGAGCCUCUGACCAAGCUACAGUGCUGCCCAACCUCGGAUGGUGGUGCUGCCGCCGUUAUUGUCUCGCAGGACUUCCUUGAUGCGCGACCCCACCUGAAGGAACAUGCGAUCCUCAUCGCUGGCCAGUGCCUCGCCACUGAUACCGAUACAGUCUACAGCAAGAGCUCGAUUGACCUGAUGGGCUUCGGCAUGUCGCGCCAGGCAUGCCGCACUGCCGUGGCCGAGGCCGGCGUCAAUGUCAAGGAUAUCAAGGUCUGCGAGCUGCAUGAUUGUUUCUCGGCCAAUGAAAUGAUUACUAUCGAUGCGCUGGAGCUAUGUGAACCCGGUCAGGCCCAUGAGAUGGUCCGCCGUGGUGAUAUCACGUAUGGCGGAAAGAUGGUUAUCAACCCAUCCGGCGGUCUCAUCUCCAAGGGUCACCCGCUUGGUGCCACAGGAAUUGCCCAAUGUGCUGAGCUAGUCUGGCACCUGCGUGGUUGGGCCAACAACCGUCUGAUUGACGGUACUUCCGCGGCACUGCAACACAACCUCGGUCUGGGUGGUGCCGUUGUCGUGACCGUCUACAAGCGUGCUGAUGGCAAGGUCGCCACCGCCGUGCCUUCGGACGUUGUUGGCAAGAUCAACGGUCUGGGCUACAACCCAGCCGUGGAGGCCAAGGGCUUCACUGCCGAGCAGGCCAAGUCCGUCGUGAGCAAGAACCACACUUCUGAGUAUGCCCUGUCAGAUACCCAAGAGCGGGUCCUUGCCAGAUUCUAG